AAACAACAGUAAAAGUGCACAUACAGAAACUGAGAUGAAGAAUUCGAUCAAACGUAUAUACAAAAUUUAUUAAUUCAUUUAUGUACCCAUUUACAACCAAUCAAUUUAUAAACAGUUACAAAGGAGUUUACAGUCUACCAGCAAAAUAGCUGUGGAGGUGAUAAUUCAUCAAAGGUGAAAAUGUAUAUCCCCCCAGUAGACUGAAAAUCCUUCCAGAAUACAGCCUGCUGCCAGUGUGGUUAGCUAGUUGCUAUUUACAAAUAUUACAUGUAUAUACGAAUGUACAAAUCUCUUUAUCAAUCAAUAUAUACAAAUAUGAGCAGAAUAAUAAGUGUGCUGUUUUUAUUUUAUGUAGGUAAGACAAAAAUGAAUUCUGAUGCCUUAUUUCUUCCAGGAAGGACUGGUCACACAUUGACAAAACUGCCAGGCUCAAAUAAGGCUCUACUAUUCGGCGGUAUCUGUAUGGGGAAGAGCAAGGACCACUUUGCAUCGCGAUUUUGCAAAUCUUGCAAGGACGGCAGGUUUUAUAUCCUCAACACCGACACGUAUGAAUGGCAAUACUUGAAAGUGCCCCUGAUUACAGCACGCACAUAUCACUCUACUUCUGUUCUUGAAAGUGAUUCCAAUUUGACUGUAGCUGUUAUUGGUGGAGUGGUAUUUGAAGAAACUUUGCCAAGCCACCGCGAAGCUUUAAACGAAAUUGUCUUGCUCACUAUGGACAAAGAACUGAGCAACUGUACAUUACAAGAGAUAUCUCUGGCCUGUACAACGCCAAAUACUCCAGACGUUUUUCUUUCGUCUCAUGCUACAAUUGUGCACAACAACAGCAUAAUCGUUGUUGGUGGCAUACAAACACACACCAGGCAAAUUUCAGACAAAGCCCCAACACCUCUGCCCACAGCGUACAGAAUAAGUUUAUCUUCAAAAGACUAUGAUGCCUUUCAGAAGACAACUUCUGCAGCAGCUAUAUUUGGUACAUAUGGACAUUCCCUCCAUAAACUGAAAUGCGAAAACACCCUACUUGUUGUUGGUGGCAGUUCGCGCCAAAUUUCCGUCCUUACUGACAGGAGUUUUGAGCCAGAGCCCUGCGAGUUUGUUCCGUGCACCAUAGCUUCAUCUCCAAUGUUCAAGGACCCAACAUGGAUUCAGUGUGACAAAUGCAAAAAGUGGUAUCACACUCAUUGCAUAGAACUUGCGACAGUUCCAGAGGGACAUUAUUUUUGCUUAGGGUGCAAGAAACAAUAGGUGGAAUCUUCGGAAAUUGCAUAUGGAGCCAUGACUUCAACAUUGUCUUUUAAAAUUACAAGGUUUCCCACAAACAGAUUUAAUGUGUGAAAAUAACCCCCCAAAAUAAGUGUCGUGAUAUGUUUUGUCUUGAGACUCAGACUUUUCAAGGAACACAUAAAAAAGACUCGUCUCUGUUAUGUUUCUGAAGAAGUGAAGAAGUGUUGCCCUUAACACGUCUUCAGAGACAUAACAAAGCCAGGUUUUUUUUAAUUUCAGUAGAACUCUGGAAAUUUCAAACUUUCGAACUCCAAACUUUUAGUAGUGACGUCAGGAAGGACAUCAGCACAAAUGUACAUUUAUAAUUACAAUGCAAUGUCUAAGCGCUCAACUGUUUUAAGUCUGAAUAGUCGAAUCUCGUAAUAAAGAACUCUGAUAUAACAAACUCCUCUGGUAAGAAACAAAUUCUUACAGCUCGUGUUCCUUCAAUUAUUGUGGUUUUUCUUUGUUUUCCAACUCCUUAAACAACAAAAUCCUUUCAUAAUAAAGUAAUUCCUCUAAAGUACAUGUACGUUGCACAUUACACGUAUGAACAUGUACAUGUAUGAGUUUGAACAUAAUUUAAUUUAGCUCUUCAUACGGAAUUCUCC